GAAGAAGUGGAGUGACUGAGUGAGUGAGUAUGUGGAGGGUGGGGAUGGAAGGAGUGUGAAAGGCUCAGGCUCUGGAGGAGGAGAUUUCAAUGAGUAACUUGUUGAAAUGGAGCUGAGGGGCAAUUAGUGGGCAAGUGGCUGAACUUUGUAGAGGAAAUGCGCGGCAGAAGACUUUCUCCAAGGACCCAGCAUCUCCUCCAACAUCUCGACCACCGGCAGGAGAAAAUCCCCCAGCUCUGGUGGACCUGUGCGUUCAGUGCUUUCAGCGCAUCAGAGACGUUUUGCUCGGCUUGAGAAGCUGCAGCACCACCCGGAGCUUCUGAGCGCUUCUCUCUUCUGAGCGGCAUCUUUAGCGCUUCAGUCUUGAGUUAAACGUUCGCCACGAACCGGGUCGUGGAUUACAGGCGAAGCUGCGCUCUGGACUCUCACGUGACCGGGCACACCUGAGUGGAUUUCUCCUCGGUUUUAAAUCCUUAUUGACUUCAAAAUUGUGCGAAAUGUUGGUCUGGUUCCUGCAGGUCCUUUCUGCUGCUUUCCUGGCGCUUUCACCGGCUCAGUGUUACCCCUCAACUACCACCACAAACAGCACAUCCAAAGUAAUCCUGUUUCAGGAGGUGUGGGGGCGGAGCUUCUGCCGUACCAUUGAGAAGCUGGUGGAGGUAGUGCAGGAGUAUCCUGGGGAGGUGGAGCACAUCUUCAGCCCUGCCUGCGUGCCGUUGAUCCGUUGUGCCGGUUGCUGUGGAGACGAGAACUUGGAGUGCCACCCAACGCUUACCUCCAACAUCACUAUGCAAUUAUUAAAGCUGAAGCCAGCAGAAAAGGGUCAGGAAUAUGUGGAGAUGACUUUCGUGGAGCAUAAAAGCUGUGAAUGUAGACUAAGACAGCCUACACCGAAACACGACAGGCGGAGACCGAGAGUUAGAGGGAGGAAACGGAAGGAGAAAAAGAAGGACUGUGACGGGUGUCAGCCUCCACGAAGGUAGAUGCAGUCCCACUGCGCUCUCUGCCCGUCCUGUGCAGCCAGCCCCCUCUGUGCCAGCCCCACCAUCUGCCCCCCCUUCGGUCUUCACAGCAUUGUGUGUCUCCACCACCAGAACAUCCAAGGUGCAGGGGUGGGGAGAUCACCCUAGCCAUCCUGGGGGACAAUUCAUAUACAGGAAGUGCCUGGUGUGUGUGUGGUGUCAUCCUCUGAUAUGCUUCUCGCGAAGCACAGCGGUGGGUCCACCUCAAGUGUCUGAGGUGGGAAUCAGCCCACAGGACUCCACAUGUGAUGAUGUUCUAACUGAAGAAAAUAUAUAUAUUAUUGUUAUUAUUAUUAUUUUACUUUAUCUAUGUCAUCUUAACACUUUUAUUUAUUGCUUGCAAAACAAUAGGAAGAGCUUGUUUUGGUUGUUUUAGACUGAUUCCUCUGCUAAUAUAUGACAUUAGUACAAAAUGGGAUAUUUUUCUUUCUAAGCAUUUAGAGAUAGACCAGUCUAAAUCAUCACUUUCAGCUUUUUAAAAACAGAUUUCCAGGGUGAUUACAGUUACAUGUAGUUCCUCUUUUAGUUUCAGAUGGGAAGAGGCUGUAUGAGUUCUCACAUUACUGUACUGAACCUAUUUCAUAGUUUGAAACCUUAAACUUGGCCAGUUUCAAGAUCAAUUUUCAGAGCAAAAAAUGUACACUCAUCGUCAUCAGAAAAAUGAAGGAAUCAGCCAAAAGGAAUGAAAUUUAGUGUUUCAACAGGACACAGCUUGUCCAGAUACUACUACUGUCUCAAAAGUUUGGCUUAAAGACAAAGAUACCGCGCCAUGGUCAGUCCCAUCACCAGAUAUAGGGCCAAAUAAAAUGUGUGGGAUGCUGUUGGAUGCAAAGUCUGCAGAAACUGUCUGAAUAUUCCAGCUGCAAAGGAUGGAUUAGCGCAAAACACCAUUAGGAAUCUCUACAACUCCACACAGAGAGAGAUCCUUUACCUUGCAUUACACAUGCGUUACAUACUACCUCUGUAUGUAUACCUCUACAUUUUUUAUCAUUUAUUGAUCCUAGUAACCUUUAUCUUCCUUCCAAACAGCAUUACAAUCUGACACUUCCAUAUGGCGAUGAGUUUACAACCAAAAUAAAAUUUAUCGUUGAGGAAGUCCACAUAGACUGAACAUGGUCUGUGUGUUAGAGCGCUGAUUCAGUUCUGAGAGGGGUGGUACAUUAACAGGGGAUGUGCUGACCUCUAGUGGUCUAAAGACAACAUUUUACAGUAUUUCUGUUUUCCACACAUGAAGUAAAACUGUACGGCUCUACUGUAGCUUCCACACAAUGGCAGUUUGCAAGGUGGUAAAUUCAUAUUUGUUGAUUUAUGCCGUGAUUUUACAGUAAAAGAGACAAGUGUCAGUUAGCACAAACUGAUAUAUUAUUGUUAUAAUUGUCUAUUUAAAAUGCUUCAAUCUAGAGAAGCCCACAUUUUGGGGUUGUUCAGAUCAACAAACUCGACCAAAGAAACCAGGAAUGCUGCUAACAGGUGUGGUGUAAAGUUCAUGGCCUUUAAAUAUGAAAGCAUUAAUACCAGUUUCUCAGUGGGGGCAUAAGUCAGUCUUUGACAAGUUAAUAAUUUGCAAAUCCUCUUGUUUCUAAGGGUUUUUAUUAACACUCCACCAAGUAAAGGACUAUACUGUACUUCAAGCAGCAACAUUUACUCUUAUGUUGCUAAGAGUGAACAGGAUGUUUGCUGUUUGCCUAUUUUAAUAUAACCAGAGCGGUCUGCUCAGUUUAAUGGAAAUGUUUAAUUACCAAUGAGUCAAAAUUUUUUGAAAGAUGUUUCCAUUUAUUGUACAUACAUAUGAUAUUGAUUAAAUAUUGCUGUUUUUUCACUGUUAAUAAAGAGAUACAUUAUC